CAGAACUUUAUAAAGCUAGUCGUUGCUGUGUGUGAAUGGCAGCAUCUCUCAGAGGAGCCUUCCUUCAGAGAGCAACUCAGAGAACAAGGUUGAAACCAUGGAAGAACUUUAUGUGGCAAACACCAUAUUUGCCCUCAACUUAUUUAAGCAGUUGGCAAACACCAAUUCCACCCAGAAUCUCUUCUUCUCUCCGUGGAGCAUCUCCUCUACCAUGGCUAUGGUCUACCUGGGUUCCCGAGGUAACACUGCAGACGAGAUGGCCAAGGUGCUUCAGUUUAAUAAUGUUGGAGUCCAUAAAGUCAUCCCAGUGACCCCGAAGAACUUCACAGGCUGUGAAUACAUGCAGCAGACCCAGAAAGGUCCUUAUCCUGAUGCAAUUUUGCAGGCACAAGCUGAAGAUAAAAUCCAUUCAUCCUUCCGCUCUCUCAGCUCUGCAAUCAAUGCUUCUGGCGGGGGUUACUUACUGGAAAGUGCCAAUAAGCUGUUUGGAGAGAAGUCUGCGAGAUUCAAAGAAGAAUACAUACAACUCUCUAAGAAAUAUUACUCUACAGAACCCCAGGCAGUGAACUUCCUAGAAUGUGCAGAAGAAGCCAGAAAAAAUAUUAAUUCUUGGGUUGAGACUCAAACCAAAGGCAAAAUCCCAACCCUGUUACCUGAAGGUGCUGUAGAUGAGGAGACCAGGAUGGUCCUUGUGAAUGCUAUCUACUUCAAAGGAAAGUGGAAAACACCAUUCGAAAAAAAACUAAAUGGGCUUUAUCCUUUCCGUGUGAACUUGACUCAUCGCAUACCUGUACAGAUGAUGUACUUGCAUGGGAAGUUAAACAUUGGAUACAUAGAAGACCUGAAGGCUCAGAUUCUGGAACUCCCAUAUGCUGGACUUGUCAGCAUGUUCCUAUUGCUUCCAGAUGAGAUCACUGAAGCAUCCACUGGCUUGGAGUUGUUGGAAAGUGAAAUAACUUAUGAGAAACUCAACAAGUGGAUCAGCAAAGACACAAUGACUGAAGAUGAUGUCGAGGUGUACAUCCCCCAGUUCAAAUUAGAAGAGCACUAUGAACUCAAAUCCAUUUUGAGGAGCAUGGGCAUGAAUGAUGCUUUCAACAAGGGUCAAGCCAAUUUCUUAGGGAUGUCAGAGAAGAAUGACCUGUUUCUCUCCGAAGUGUACCACCAAGCCACCGUGGAUGUAAAUGAGGAGGGCACGGAAGCAGCUGCUGGCACUGGGGGUGUGAUGACAGGGAGAACUGGUCACGGAGGCCCAAAGUUUGUAGCAGACCAUCCUUUCCUCUUCUUCAUCAUGCACAAAGUGACCAAUUGCAUCCUAUUUUUUGGCAGAUACACCUUGCCAAAAAUUUAAAAGUUUCUGUUUCUGCAUAUAUUUUUGUAAUAUGAGCUGUUAGUCUCAGAACUGCUAUCUCAAAUUCCAAAAUUGAGACUUUUCAUACAUAUUUCUGGACAACACCUACUGCACACUAAACCUAAACACAGAAAUAGUUGGAUAUGGCAAUGACAAUAGGAUGACACUAUUAGUCAUGUGUUUUCCUAAAGCAGAAUGUUGCUAUUUAGUUCUUCUUUACUAUUAGUUUAUUUUAUAGCAUUAACUUUUACCAGGUUAUUUAUUAUUUUAUAUAAUGGCAUGUUUUUAAAUUAUUAUUUUCUAUCUACAGAAAUGCAUUUAUUUGUUCUCACAAUGAAAUAUGAUACAGUGUCCCUUCAUGCCCUUCUAUAAUAAAUGUCUAGAAGAAAGCAUUGAAAAGGCAUGCGCAUUUCUUGCAUUAUGUAUCACAUAUAUUUUCCUAUAAAUUAUGUAAAAAUAUAACCUUAUAAAAAAUAAACGUUUGUACACAA